AAACAACUCUGCUCUGCAAGGUGAACAUAUGGUGACGAUUGACAGUUCUCAUGUGACAAGAAAAUGUUAAGCCAAUUGGGACGAGAUUUAUCAAACGCACAGCAACGCAUAUUAGAUCACCGUGCAUUUUCAAAUGGUGAAGUAAAUAACUUUCUUAAUGAAUUUGAAUUAAAACGCAACGAGGCCGAAGUAGAAAACCUUUUCACAGUCACCGAGAUUGUUGGUGACCUCAAGUACGACCUAACCGGGCGUUGCAUUGCUCUAAGUACCACAAAUUUAGAAGAACUAAAUCGAGAAGUAAAGCAAUUAUUACUUGGCGUUGAAGGAUUUCUUAGCAAAGCUCAAUUGGAAAGAAAGCCAAGCACUUUUCUUGUCCAAUCUCGUAAAGAACGUGAAACAAAGAUAAAGAAUUUUAAAAUUGAUUUGGAACACAAAUACGAGCGCGUUAAGAAUUCAUUUGAGGAAAAGGAGGAAGAAAUUGAUGAACUUUAUUCCGAUUUGCAAGUAAAGCUGAACAUUCCCAAAUAA